UAUAAAGCCUCGCGCCGUCGCCGCCGUUCGGCGCAGCGUUUGCUGACUCAAAAAGGCCCCCCAGGUUUUCCUUGCGUCGUUUCCGUCAGCGAAUAAACCAAGUCUCUUGCGUUCCUUUCCUUUCGUCUCUUUGGAAAGUAUUUAUAUCCCGACGGGCGUCCGGUUCCAUUCCAGCCUUCUCUUCCCCCCCCUUUCGCCCUCAUACUUGGACCAAGGAACAACCUCACCACUCGUUGCGAGUAACAAAGGCGUCACACGACAAAGAGCCGUCACCGCUUCGCCCAUCAUGCCUAAGAAGCUCCGCUGCACCGCCAAGGAGUGCCGAGAGCCUGCUCAACGCAUCGUCGGCGACUGCACCUUUUGCAACGGCCACUUCUGCGGAAAGCACCGUCUGUUGGAGGAUCACAAGUGCAGUGGCUUGGAAGACUGCAAGAAGCAGUCCCACGCGCGCAACGCUGCCCAGCUGGAGGCGGAGCGGACCCAGGUCAUCCGCGGCGUCUAAACCACCAUCAGGCCGCCACAUCCUUGCAACCUCCUCCUCGCCCCCCCGAUAGCCAUCGUCCAACACCAACC